CAGUCCUGGGCUGGAGGAUGGUGGCGCUCACCCUGCAGAGAAAAUGCCACCGCUUGGCCCUGGGGCCGUUCAAAGCAAGCUCUGGUUUGGGAUCCGAGGCACAGCUUGCAUGAGCUUGGACGUCACACACAAGAGCACGUGCUCGCCUGCACCUCUAAAAUGGCAAUGACUCCCCAUGUACGCCCACCAUGCGCCAGGUGCUGAUGCCUCAUCUCUCAUCUUCAUCCUCAUCUUUGUGACUUCCCCUCGUGUCCCCUCAGCAGACGUUGGGUCAAGGAGUAACCCGAGAACCCCACAGAAAGAGAAGAAAGGAUCACAUCAUGGCCUCGGUGCCCACUCACGGAAGCCAAGAGAAAGGGCCCCAUGUGCCACCUCUGAGCAAGCAGAGCCUGCUGUUCUGUCCAAAAUCAAAACUACAUAUCCACCGAGGAGAGAUUGCCAAGAUUAUUCGAGAAUGUCAAGAAGAAAGUUUCUGGAAAAGAGCUCUGCCGUUUUCUCUGGCAAGCAUGCUUAUCACCCAGGGACUUGUCCACCAAGGUUAUUUAGCUGCGAAUCCAAGAUUUGGAUCUUUGCCUAAAGUUGCAUUGGCUGGUCUCUUGGGAUUUGGUCUUGGGAAGGCCUCCUACAUACGAGUGUGCCAGAAGAAAUUCCAUUCCUUGGAAGAUCAGCUCCGUGGGGCGGGCUUUGGUCCAGAGCAUAACAGGCACUGCCUGCUGACAUGUGAGGAAUGCAAAAUAAGACGUGGACUGGGCGAGAAGGGAGAGUCCCAACCCUCUGCUUCCUAAACUCGGCGUCUGUGGCUUUCAAUGAGUUUUUAACCUCCGACCUGCACAUUUAACUUUUCAAGUGUACUUUAAGAUAAUAUACUUGUAUUGGAUCAGAAACCUUGUAACCCUCGCCUUCCUUUGACAUGCUUUCGGUGGAAGGCUGUCAAUUGAAUUGAGCAUGGCACAUCUCUUCUUUAAGAACAUGUCGGGAGCUAUAAAAGAAAUGAACUUACUCCCUUGCUUAUAGCUACGUAAAAGAAUUUUGAGUAGCCUCUGAUUAUCCUCCAACAAUUCUUUCCCUCUGCUUUUUUUUUUUUUUUUAAGUUUUCUGGUGGGAGAAUAGGAGGGAAUGAUGUGGAAAUUAGUUGGGAAGUCCUGAUUGAAAAAAAAAAAAAAUCUCAUGUAUAUGGAAUCAUAAAUUCAAAAUAAGAAAGAUCAUGUUUCAUUAUUUGAAAUGCUUCCUAGCCAGGUGUG